CAAAAUGUUUGUUUUAAUUCUAAAAUAUAGAGUCGUUAGAUAAAAUUGUCGGUAACAAAUUAAUUAUUGACGGUUCGUAUAUUUAAAAUGGAGAGAGAGAAAUGGAAAACGUAUUGGGACUGUAAUCGAUUGCGGAAAGGUGGAUGCAGUGCAAAAGCUGUAACGGUCAUGAAUAGUGAGGAUGUUAUCAUACUUAGAGGACCUGCACAAUCGAAACACGACAUACAUCCACCGAAUCGUGAAGAUGGAGAAACAGAGGUUAUCGUUGACCGACUAAAUCGAGUUGUUUCUUCUCACCCUGAGCAUCCACCUGCACAAAUAAUUCGAGCAGGGCUUGCAGAUGUUCCUGUAAGUGUUCUUACUCAAUUAUCAAAUUGCAAACCACAGAAAAUUAUGGAAGAUUUUGAGAAGGCCAUCAUAAAUGCUUGUGCAGACAUAUAUCCUGGAACUGAUUAUUCUGGUUGCUUCUAUCACUUUUGCCAGUCUCUUUAUCGGAAAAUCCAAGCAGAAGGAUUGCAGGAGCUAUAUAAUAAUCCUAUCAACGGAGAAAUAAAAGUUUGGAGUCACACGCUCAUGGCUCUCGCAUUUGUUCCCGAGGAGGAUGUCGCAUUAACUUUUUGUGGAAUUUGUGGAGGAUGAAAUACCAGAAGAACUCCUUCCUAUAGUCGACUACAUCAAGGAAUUUUACUUCAUCGGACGACCUGGUAGCGGACGAAGAAGAGCUGUACUUCCCAGAUAUCCAGUUUCGACAUGGAACCAGUAUAAGUCUGCAUGGGAUGGGCACCACAAGACAAAUAACGCAAGUGUGUCAUCCUUCACUCGUUUUCAUCUACUUGUGGGAAAGUAUCAUCCAGACUUAUAUUCAGCUUUAUAAGAAUUCCAAAAAGAAUAGGCGGAUGUUGAAAUUAUGAUAGCUGAACUUAGUUUAAGGCGAUUUGCCUCACCAAAAAAAAAACAAAAAAAUGGAUAGAAGUCCAAAAUCGCUUGCGGUCCAUUAUUUUACAAUAUGAAAAAUACAAAAAUUCUGGCACUGUUUCCUUUUCCUUUUAAUGGACUCCAUUUUGAUUCUACGAU